AUGAAUCAAGGAAAUGAAUAUUAUGACAAAGAAUUUGUCGAUCCUAUUGAUGGAUUUGCAGAUGAUGAUUUAAUAUCACCAAAUGAUAUUAAAGAUUGCGAUCCAGGAAAAGUUUCACCCCUUGCACCAAUUAAAUCAUUUUUAGAAAGAGAUAAUUUUGAAAGUGAACUUGGUUCACCAUCAGAUGAAAUAUAUAAUGCUGAAUUUGAUGAAAUUAGUAAAUUAAAUAUAGUUGAUAUUAUUGCUGAAGGUGAUAGAGCAGGAAGACCUAUCAUAUGUGUAUAUGCAUUUCGUCUCCCAUCAACAAAAACUUUUAAUCAUGAAGUAUUUCUUCAAUUUUUACAACAUAUUCUUGAUAAAUAUGUUGAAUUAGAUUAUUCAUUAAUUUAUUUUCAUUAUGGUCUUAGAAGUAAUAAUAAACCACCAAUAAAAACAAUUAUUAAAGCAUUCAAUGCAUUUGAUCGUCGUUAUAAAAAAAAUUUAAAAGUACUUGCUGUUAUUCAUCCAACAAGAUUUAUUAAAUUUUUAUGGAAAAUUUUUCAACCAUUUAUUUCAAUAAAAUUUGAAAGAAAGAUGCAUUAUAUGAAUUCAUUAAAUGAACUUGAUGAUAUUGUUCCUGUAUCUAAAUUAAAUUUACCUCAACCAAUAAUUGAUUAUGACAAUUCAUUAUCAGAUACUACUAAAAGUAUUUCAUCACUCAUUUUACCAGAAAAUGGUAUUCCGUUACCAACAGCACAAUUUAAUGUGUCUCUUGAUUAUAUAUUAAGUCAUCAUCCAGAAAGUGAAUUACCACCAAUUGUUAUAGAAUUGGUAACAUUUUUAAGAAGUUAUGGUUUAAAAACACAAGGAAUAUUUAGGUUAUCAGGUGAAGUUAAUAGAAUAAAUAAACUUCAACAACGAAUUAAUAUGGGUGAAAAAAUUGAUUUCUUAUCAGAUGAAAGGUACAAAGAUAACAUUAAUUUAGCUAUUGUUGAUGCAUCUGCUUUAUUAAAAGUAUUUUUAAGAAGUUUAGGUGAACCUAUCAUAACAAAUGCUUUAUAUCCACAACUUAUUAAAUCUUUAGAUGUACCAAAAUAUGAAAAAAAAGAGGGAGUAAAAAAUUUUAUUAAAUUAUUACCAGAAAAAAAUUUAAUUCUCCUUAAAUAUGUCAUUGAAUUUUUGUUAGAUGUAGCUAAUAAUGAACAUGAAAAUAAGAUGGACGCUAAUAAUCUAAGUGUUAUUUUUGGACCAAAUUUAACUUGGCCAACAAAUCAACAAGUUCCUAUUUCGCAACUAAAUUCACUAAAUAAUUUUUGUUAUAUUCUAAUUAGUGAAUAUGAAUAUAUCUUUAGCAAUAAUUAG